AUGAGUGCAUAUCCAGUGCUCGAGAACAUUACUCUAACAGCUACUAUGCGCUGUGGCUACGAUUGUUUCUUCUCUCCACGUUCUGAUAUGGAAUCCGGUUACGGGCUAACCAAUGCUCUCUUCGAGAAUGCUCAUAUUGUGGAUACUUUUCGAGUGAAAGAAGAUCAUUUGGCAAGAUUGAUCGAAAAUCGCGAACUUCUGGACAGCCUUCGUAAUACUCGAUUUGAUGUCGCCCUUCAUGAACUAUAUGAUCUGACCGCUGUAGGUGUUCUCGAGCUGAUCGGAGUGAAAAAGACCAUUGUGGUAUCAGCUGCCGGUAUGACGCUUCAUAUGAAGGAAAUCACUGGUGUUCCACCAAAUCCAAGCUUCGUUCCAGGGCUCUUCACUACCUACAGUGAUGAAAUGACUUUUUGGGAACGACUGGACAACUUCAAACUUGAUAUUGAACUGAACUACCGUUUCCUUCAGUGGGAAAAGGAUCUAUGGAAAAUGUUCGAGGACGUUUCUCCUGGUUUCCCUGACCUGCGGGAGUUGCUCAAACGAAAAACUGGUGUUAUACUGAUCAACUCGAACGAAUUCACUGAGACACCUCGUCCGAGAGGGAACAUUGUUCGAUACAUUGGUGGAUUGGCGAUUCCUAAGCCGAAACCCUUGGAUCAGGUAAAUCUACUACUCGUCUACUUGACUCCUCUGCGAUUAAGCUUAGGAAAUAAGAAAAAUUCGUACAUGAUUUAUAAAUGUGUUAUCCAGAAGCUCAGUGCAAUUCUGGAUAAACGACACGCUAACGUCCUGUUCUCUAUGGGAUCAUUCGCUAAGUCGAGCACCAUGCCUUUGCGCUUAAAAAAAGGUUCUUCUUCCACACACAAAGAAUACUUUCCUAUAGGCUGGAUUUUAGAUAUACUGGACGCUUUCGCUGUUUUUCCUAACACAACUUUCAUAUUCAAAUACGAUGGCAAAGAUGACCUGGAACUGUUCAAGCCCUAUCCGAAUGUUCAUGUGAUGGAGUGGGUGCCGCAGGUGGAUUUACUGAGUGAGCAGGGUGAUAAAAGGUUAUCUCUGUUCAUCACGCAUGCUGGGUUGAAUUCCAUCACCGAGGCAACAUAUUUUGGAAAACCAACAAUUACUAUCCCGCUUUUUGGCGACCAGUUUAUUAACGCCAAAAAUCUGAGGCGAAUUGGGUUGGCAGUACUGAUUGAGAGGAACAAACUGAACAAGGACACACUGAUAGCAGCCAUUCGUGAGGAGCUCAGUGCUAUUCUUGAUAAACGAAGCACCAGCGUUUUAUUCUCAAUGGGAUCUCUCGCCAAAUCAAGCACCAUGCCAUUGCGUUUGAAGAAAGAUAUACUGAACGCUUUCGCAGCUUUCCCUAACACAACAUUCAUAUUCAAAUAUGAUGGCAAGGAUGACCUGGAACUGUUCGAGCCCUAUCCUAACGUUCAUGUGAUGAAGUGGGUGCCGCAGGUCGAUCUGCUGGGCGAUAAAAGGUUAUCUCUGUUCGUUACGCAUGCUGGCUUAAACUCCAUUACCGAAGCAACAUAUUUUGGAAAACCAAUGAUUACUAUCCCGCUUUUCGCCGAUCAAUUCAUUAAUGCCAAGAAUCUGAGACGAAUUGGAUUGGCAGUACUGAUUGAGAGGAACAAUCUGAACAAGGACACACUGAUAGCAGCUCUUCGUGAAGUGCUAUCACCAAAUGCAAAGUAUACACACAAAGCGUCUACAGUAGCCCGCUAUCUUCGAGGAUUACCUACUGCUGCCCGUGCCGAAGUAACGCGAUGGGUUGAAUUGGUGGCAGAAGAAGGCCAAAUGGAACACCUUAUGAUGAAAGCGAGGGAUCUCUCAUUCAUACAGUAUUACUGCCUAGACAUCAUUGGCUACUUUUUAGCACAAAUUGUGGUCGCCUUAUGUGUGGUGUUCUUGGAGCUUAACACUUUGCUGGAUAAGCGAAACUCAAACGUUCUGUUCUCAUUUGGUACUUUCACUCAGGCGAAGAAUAUGCCCCUUUGGUUGAAGAAAGGCAUAGUAGAGGCUUUUGCUAGUUUCCCGAACACAACAUUUAUAUGGAAAUAUGAGGACGAAAGCGAGACAGAGUUAUUUGGAGCUCAUCCCAACAUACGUAGAAUGAAAUGGGUACCGCAAAACGAUUUGUUAGCUGAUGAACGGCUUUCCCUUUUCAUCACUCAUGCAGGGAUGAAUUCCAUCAUUGAGGCGACGUUCGCUGGCAAACCUAUGGUGGCCAUACCGCUCUUUGGAGACCAAUUCCUUAAUGCAAAAAAUCUACGAAGAAGAGGAUUGGCUAUCGUGAUCGAAAGGAACAAACUCACCAAGGAUACCCUAAUAGCAGCUAUUCGUGAAGCGUUGUCGCCUGGAUCAAGCUAUGCUCGUAAAGCCGCCGUGGUUGCCCAACAGCUACAUGGGCGAGCGGCAGCUGCACGUGAAGAGCUGUCUCGCUGGGUCAAACUGGUAGCCGAAGAGGGCCAAAUGGAUCAUCUGCUACUACGGGCAAGAGACCUAUCGUUCAUACAAUACCAUUGCCUUGACAUAAUCGCAUUUUUACUGGCUCAGUUUAGAUUGGAUGCUAUUCUCAAUGAGCGGAGCACGAACGUCUUCCUCUCCUUCGGUACUAUUUCUCAGUCAAAGGAUCUGCCACUAAUACUCAAGAAAGAUAUAAUUAGCGCAUUCUCCACGUUCCCCAAUACGACGUUCAUUUGGAAAUACGAAGAUGAUAGUGAUAUCCACCUGUUCAAGAAUCAUACGAACAUCCACACUAUGAAGUGGAUACCACAAUCGGAUCUGUUAGGAGAUAAGCGGUUAUCCGCUUUCAUCACCCACGCUGGAAUGAACUCUAUUCUGGAGGCAACGUUCUCUGGCAAGCCAAUGGUGGUGGUACCGCUUUUCGGAGACCAGUAUCUCAAUGCAAAAAACAUGGAACGAAGAGGAACAGCUGUGAUGAUAGACAAAAGAGAUCUCAACAAGGACACUUUGACAGCAGCGAUUCGCAAAGUGCUUUCACCAAAUGCCACCUACGCACGCAAGGCUGCUACCGUAGCACGAUCUCUUGAAGGACGCGUAGCUGCUGCACGGGCUGAUCUACUGUAUUGGGUGAAGCUUGUGGCCGAAGAGGGUCAAAUGGAUCAUCUGAUGAUGCGUGCAAGAGAUUUAUCCUUCACUUUCCAUCAAGGACGACUCGAAAAUGAGGACAAAGCCCUCGAAAAUGAAGUCAAAGGGAAAAUUUCAUUUUCCGGAGUUGGGCAAAAUAUUUCACGAAGACAACGUCUAUUUGUUAACCGUCACGAAUGUUUUUCACCACAGGAUUUCCUAUAUGUUCAUGUUUUUAAUAUUUACAUGGUCAUAGCGGAUAUGAGAUCUCUGUUCUACGGAAAUCCAUCACAUAACGAGAAGCUUCGAAAAGUAACUUCUCUGAACAACAACCCUGGUAUCGAACUUUCAGAGAAAUUGACGCAAGAAACAGAAUUAUUGGCAGCUAUCCUGCCAGAUUGA